AUGAGCAAGCCCUGGGAGGACCACGAUGGCGCAGACGCUGGCAAGCCUGGUGUGAGUGCCAGGGAUCAGUUGCUCAGAUUGGUACGCAUGCACGCCGCCUGCCUCCAUGCGCUUCAGUUGGAUUCUACAAGAACGGUCACCGACGAGGAGAUCAUGGGAGCCCUGGCCCGUGAGUUCGACAGUUUGGAAAUCCAAAUGAAGGAUCGUCUCGUCCCAGUGGACACCAUAGCUGAAAUUCAACAGCUGUUUCGCCAGGACCGGGCAGAGCAGGCAGCUAUGUCACAUGUACGCCGAGAUGUGAUGUGGAAGACCUUCAUGCGGAUUCCUUUGUGCGCAUCAGCAGUUCUCGCAGUGACAGCUCUGGGGCUUUUCCUUUCCACGUUCCGGUAUUCCCGUGCAAUCUGUGCUCUCCACGAUUUCACAAACGGGACAUGUAAUCAGGAGAACAGCUGUCAUUUACAAGUGGUCGUGCAAGUAGGAAACGAGGCAACCUUGCUCCCAGACUGGCAGCUGCCAAUCGAGGCUUGGGACGAAUCUGGCCUUGUGUGGUACAACGAGCGCGGGCCCUUCAAAUGUUGCAACGACGCCGGCCAGUAUGUACGCGGAGAUGCCAACCUGUCUGGGGCUGGAAGUUCUUGCUGCGACUUUUACGAUGCCCAGUGGCAGGUAUUCUGCGAUAACUUCGGAGCUGAAGAGAGACGCCCGCCAGUUCCGGAAUGCCCAAUGUCUCCUUGGAGUUGUGGGGCGAUAAUCGAAACCAUCGCUAGAGAGCGGAGGGUGAAGGAGCUCUGGCUUUGGCAGGAGCCCCCGAGCCUCGAAGUCUUCGGCGCCUCGCUGAUCUGCUUGGCGGUCUCCGGCUUGGUGCGUUUGUUUCCCCGCUUCACUGACUUCAUGGUGAGGGGCAUCGAAGUUUUUGUAUACAGGGUCUUCCCCGGACUGGUGCGAACUGUCCGCCGGCUUCGGCGAAGAUGCCGGCGGUUGUUGCAGCAUAUCCGAGCGAGCCUGAGCCGCCCGCGCCCUGGUGAGGAGAGUCCGGAGGGCCAGACGGAAGAACCAGCGUCUGAGGGCCAGGGCCCAUCUGGCUUAUCAUCCGAUGAAUCAAGUCGACGGAAGAAGCGAAGGAUCAAAGUAAAGGCCAGUCCUGCAUAUCGGUCGCACAAUGUUGUGCACGUUCGGCAGAAAGAGCUCGUGCAGAGCGAGAUGCCAGGUGUCACCGAACAGAGAUCCUCCGAGCGAGCCGGACCGAUCGCCGUGGCUGCCGUGGCGGGUGGAGGGAAGCAGAAGGCUUCGAAGCCCCAGAAGCACGAGACGCCGACCCCAACGCGAAUCGUGGUGAAGGCCAGAGCAGCCGCUGCCGCGCCUCGGGAUGACCAGGACCAGCCCAUGGAGACGACACUCUUGCCCAGCGCAGUUCCGGCCCUUCCCGGUCAGGCUGAAGAGCCGCCGGCGCAGAACGUGUUGCGCCCCAUCAUCUCCCCUCCCGGUCACAAAGGGCAGGACCGGCAUGGGCCAAGUGCGCAGGCACGCGGAGGCCGGGCAAGGCCACAGGCACGCGGACAGCAAGCACCUCGUGCAGCACGUGGGGCGCAUGGUGCGGCUCCUCGACUCGUCCAACGCGCAGCGCAGAAUGCGAUGCAGAGGUCACAAGGCCAAGUAGAGUGGAUGCAGACGGCUGCCCAGCUGCGUGAAUUGAGCCGCAACCAGGAGCAUGGGACGCAACCUCUGCUCCCGGAAACUGCGGGCGACCUCACCGCGGAAAGAAGCAUGCACCAAGUAGCACUUGCGGCGCCUGCGGCACAUGGGGCGCCUGGGGCCAGGCGUGUGAACCCAGGCAUCCAGCGCCCUCCCCGCGCGACGCAGCUGUAG